AUGGCUCGAACCAAAGUUACUGCAAAACGCAAAAAAUCAUACCAAGAACCAGAAGAGAACCAAGAUGUCUACCCAAGCACUGAGUCAGAUUAUCAUGAGGAAACUCAAUCUGAAGCAACUUCCAUGAACACCAUCUCUUCAUCUCAACCAUCCAAAAGCUCUUCUCCUUCCAUUACUCCAAAAACUCAUCCUCCUCAGCCCCCUCCAGAGACCACUCUCCCUGUUGAACCAGCACAACAGCCUCCUCCUGCAAAAUCAAACUCCAAAACUCCAACUCCUAAAAAGGCCAAACCUUCUUCACCAAAACCCCCUUCAUCAUCCACAAAAAAUUCUGAAAUCACUUCAUUGUUUGAUUCGGCCGAAUUAGAGUUUGUCUAUACCUCAAAAUGGUAA